CGAUGGAGCGUCGUCAGUGAACGCCGAGGCGACUGUUCAGUCGACAUAUUACAAAGGCGAGGUGAGGUGAGGUGGGCUGCAGGCGCACCGAGAGGUGAUGCCUGAACUCCUGGAUUGCGCGCGGAAUGCACGCGGCCCUCCACGUGCAGACAGGCACGACCCCUCCACCUCGUCAUCGCAGUGCUAGGAUCCCGAGCUUCGCCCUCCAGAUUCGCGAACUUCGCGUCCAUCGCGCGUACACUCGAUUGCAUUCUCCAGUCCCUACCGUCGUCAUGUUCAAGAAGAAGCCCAUCAUCAAGCCACAGGCUCCUAUGCGAUCAUCUGAUCGACGCAAGCUCGCCGACCAGAUCAUCAAGGACUUCGACCUGGACAGUAAAGCCGUCGACGACGAAACUCCUGAACAGAAGGCAGAGGCAACCGCUGCUCACAGUGCUCUACGGAACUCUCUUCUCCCCGAGAACACACAGUCGACGACGUUCAAGCGGCCGGAAGCGCAGCAAGCCUCAGGCACUCUAUACGUCGGUAGCCAGGAUGGAGAAGAGUCGAGAAUACUGUGGUUUCAGGUUGAAGGACAAAUGAUACCCUCAGUCUACACACUUUGGCGUCAUCCCGACCUCGUGCCUUUGCUGCACACACCAGACAUCGUUAUCAAGAAACUGCAAGGUGGUGCAGAUCUGAUGAUUCCUGGCCUGUUCGGCGGGCCGCCUUUUCCUCCUCGAGCUAGAAAGGGUGCCGUGGUGGCCAUAGCAGCGCUUGAACGGCCCUCCAUCCCUGUAGCAGUAGGAGUGUGCGUCAUUGAUGUCUGUGAUCUACAGAAGGUAAGAGGCGAGAAAGGAAAAGCAGUGGAAAAUAUGCACUUUCUCGGAGAUGAAUUGUGGUCGUGGGGCCACUUGGGGAAGCCAGGCCAACAGCCUCCAGAAGAGGUCGAGGGACGGACCAAAAUCUUACAGAAUCGAGGACUAUUGGAACAAGUAGCAGACCUUGACCUGGAGGACCAAUAUGAAGCAGGUGGGGUGGCACUUGGGGACUCUGCAACCAACGGCAGCGCCAACACCAGGGCCGUCGAUGUGCCUGCGGACAGCGAGGAAUCCAGCGAGAAUGUAAAAGCCAAAGAAUUGUCGCAAAAGGAAAUCGACGAAGCCUUUCGGAACGCUUUUCUCUUUGGUAUCAACCACUACAAGAGCUCCAAUCCUAACGCCAAAAAUUACGGCCUCGACUUCCCGCUAACGCAGACUGUGAUCAUGUCAACCUUGGUCCAGCCGUUUCUACCGGCGUACACACCAGAGGAGGCGCAGCAGCUACAGAUCAAGAAGACAUCUUGGAAGAAUAUCAAGAAGUUUGUCAAGAGCUUGGACAAAGCUAAGAUCGUGAAAUCGAAGGACAAAGAUGGCAAUGAGACGACAAUAAUCGACGUUGAUUUCGAUGAUGCGGCUGUUGUCAACUUCAAGCCAUACCGACUGCCAAAGAAGGAGAAUGCGAGCGGUACAUCACUUGGCCGAGGAGAAGCAGGGACAGCAAAAACCGAUGUCGGCGAUGAUUCCAUCGGGCAGAAGCUGCAAGUAAUCUCUUCCUACAAACCGGCUGCCAAGCUGCAGCCUAUUUUUGAUGCAGUGUCCAGUACGAAGCAACAGUACACGCCGCCGGAAGUGCGUGAGCUUGUCACGGCAUAUCUCGAAAAGGAGAACCUCAUAUCCGAGACAAACAAGCGGUUGGUCAAACUCAAUCCAGUCCUGGCCAACGCCGUCUUCGAUGGCUCUGGCUCACUUGACAAGGAAGUGCUAGCCAAGGGCACCGUACCGCGAGAUGCACUCAUCGAUCGCGUGUUGCACGGGAUGGCGCAGCAGCACACCAUCGUCCGCCAAGGGGUGGAUCCGGCCAGUGUGAAAGCAAAGAGCGGUGCAGCGCCAAAAAUACACAUUACAUUGGAGACAAGAAGUGGCAACAAGACCGUGACAAAGGUCUCUGGCCUCGAGGUCUACCACGUCAACCCAAGACCUUUGGCGGAUGAGCUGAGAAAGACGUGUGCUGGCAGCACAAGUGUUGAACCUCUCGCUGGCGCCGCAAAGAAGAACGAGAAGGAAGUCCUUGAGGUCAUGGUGCAGGGACCACAGAAGGAUGCAGUAGUCAAAGCACUUGAGCGCAGAGGCGUUGACAAGCGAUGGGUGGAAGUGCUUGACAAGACCAAGGGGAAGAAAUGGUGAGCUCCAAUACGAAUGGUAUCAUGGAGCCCAGGCAGACAUGUUGGGUGCUCCAUCGCCCCUCGGGCUACCUCAAUCUCGUUUCCACGGGUUUCCCAUUGCGAUUCUCACUUUUACAGCACGAAAAGAAUCACAAACACAGACAGGGGCACCGCAAGAAACAGCACGCGAUGAUAGGUCGCGUUGUCAGUCCCUGGACGCAUUCUGCACACCACAAGCCAUUGAGCUCGGCCUGCCCACGAUCCACUUCAUCAACGUUGUUCCACCAUUGUGCUGGCUUAGGCCUUGGCUGUGAUCCAAACUCACCGGUGAAAGGUGGUCGCGUUUCAGAGAGGUUUCUGCAACGCUUGUCCAAGCCCCAGCCAGGCAGCUGCGAGUCUUCCGUAUCUUCGGGGGUAAGGAUGCGCUUUGGCGAUUAUUUGACCGCACAGCACAGCAGCAGCAGCAAUGUCGCGGCCUUGCAGCACGUCGUGCAGGGCACGAGGUGGUCCAGAAGUAGCAAUCGAGCUUGACGCCGCCUACUCGAAGCAUGACAGUGUGUUCCUUUCGAGAAUCUCCUAGGGCCGCCAUUUCGAGACUCUCCCAGGGCCGCCGUUUCGAGCAUGGCUGAAGAAACGUUCACUAAUCGUGGUCGUUUAGAAGCUGCUGCCUGUUGCACCUUGACGUGCUUGUUCGAUCUUGUCAUAUCUGCCGUUUGCACUCCAGGGCACAUA